CAAAAAUAUUUGAUAAACUUUUUUUCCCUCCUCCCAGUCUCUUGAAGAACUAGAAGAAGCUACAGGGAUGACGAUGGAGCUAGAAUGAAAGAGCCGACGGUAUUUUGGAAAUAUGAUUCGGAGAAGACUGUAAAUUAUCCGGAGCGAAAAUUCGAUUUGGAUCUCAAGACAUCAAGUCUGGAAAAACUUGCAAACAAGGAGGCAAGAAGCAGAAUUUCUCGCGUAGAAACUUUCUGAAGCAAAACUUUCCUACAUAUCCCAGAUGAGGAAUAUUAGCGCAAUGACACGCACUUAGGAGAAGAGUUUGGGGGAUAAAGUUUCUUUCUUUUGAAUUCUUUUUAAAGGCGCACCAAGGGACGUUAAAAUCGCCUGACGCAGGGAGACAAGAUUGUAUCAGUGUAUCUGUAUCCUGUCCUUGCUGCCGGAGGGCGAUGGGGGCCGCGCCGGGCUCGGGCUGGGAGGAGGGAGAGUUCGAGUUCAAGUUGGUGUUUGAGGAGGAUCCGCCGUCGCGGCAGAGCCAGGGUCCAUCCCCGGCGCGCACUGCCGAGGCGGAGAGCUCCGCUGCCGGGGAGGAAAGUGAAGGCGCCCUGCUGCAACUGGACUCCUCCAGCAGCAGCAGCCUGGUUACAGACAACCACCUGGCUGCCUCUCACACAGGUCACUCAAUCGACAUCCCCAGCCCGCCACCCGCGUCCAGUCAGCGGGCAGGGAUGCAUUCCCCACCUCCACGAAGGGAUCACUUCAAUAAGUUCAGCGGCACCUAUGAGAGCCUGCCGGCACGCUCUGUACAGGUUUCUGAAUCUCGUGUGGUCGAGUGCCCCAGCAUCCAGAUAACCACCAUUUCGCCUGAAGAUGACCCAACACCCACUAUUUCCAGUUACUGGGACAUGGGCAACAGCGGCGGGUGGGACAGAGAGCGCCUUUACCUGCCUCUACUGGAUCCUUUUAGCUAUCGUGACAGAUGCCCCAGCUCCCUCAGCCCCAGCCCCGCCUCUAGCCCCUCCUCUCGAGGCUGGCUCAGUCCCGCUUCCAGCUGCGACUCUCUGCUGGUGGAGGAGGAGGAGUUGAACGAAGGCAGCAUCAAUUUUGGGCACUCGUCAUCCUCAAGGCCCACCUCACCUAGUGGGAAGAAGCGUAGAAACUCCCCGCUGGCGUCUCCAUGUACAUCGCGCAGAGGCAGUUACUCAGAGGAACUGCAGGGGUGCAACCUGGAGGGUGGAGAGUCCACCCCUCAGUCUCAAGGUCCUCCCAGCAGCUGUGAGCUCAGCAUUCCUCAGAAAACCAGGAAGACAUCAUUGGAGCAGUUAUCUCCCAGGGAGGUGGACCAGGAGCAGGCUCUGGGCCACAGCUCUCCCUGCCCACUGCCAGAGACCCAGCAGACCAGGAGAGAGCCCCCAUCUGUGGGCAUGGACUACCUCUCUGUUCCCCCUCCUCUGGCCUGGGGCAGAACGCGAGCCAGCGCCCACAGCCCUCUAUUCAGGUCUAAUGCCCUGCCGCCACUUGAUUGGCCUCUGCCAUCCCAGUUUGACCAGUAUGAGCUGCGUAUUGAGGUCCAGCCUCGGCCACACCACAGAGCCCACUACGAGACGGAGGGCAGCAGAGGAGCCGUCAAAGCUGCACCGACUGGACAUCCUGUUGUCAAGCUGUGUGGUUACACAGAGAGGAAGCCGCUCUCUCUUCAGGUUUUCGUUGGAACAGCUGAUGACCGAUCAAUUAGACCACAUCCUUUCUAUCAGAUACACAGAGUGACUGGAAAGAUGGUGGGCACUGCCAGUCACGAGAGCGUCCAGGUGGGGACCAAACUGCUGGACAUCCCCCUCAGCCCCGAGAACAACAUGACUGCUCUCAUCGACUGUGCCGGGAUUUUGAAACUGAGGAACUCAGACAUUGAGCUGAGGAAAGGAGAAACAGAUGUUGGAAGGAAAAACACACGUGUUCGUUUGGUGUUUCGUACCCACCUCCCUAUAGUGCCCCCUUCAGCACCCCCUGGACGGGUGUUGGCUCUGCAGGUUGCCUCUCUGCCCAUCGAAUGCUCCCAGCGUUCGGCCCAGGAGCUGCCUGUCAUCGAGUCGGUCAGCCUCACUUCCUGCUCUGUGGAAGGAGGGGAGGAGCUGCUGCUGAGCGGCACAAACUUCCUGCCAGUCUCCAGAGUCCUUUUCAUGGAGAGAGGGACAGAUGGUAAAUUACAGUGGGAGGAGGAGGCUCAUGUUGACCGUGACAACAGCAAUGAGUGUCUGUUAUGUGUGAGGGUCCCAGCCUACAGUGACCUUUCCGUCAGUCGGCCUGUGUCGGUCAAUCUUUAUGUUUCUAAUGGGAAAAGGAAAAGGAGCAGCACUCACUGCUUCAAGUAUUUACCCAUUAUGUUCAAAGAGGAUGAUCCCCUGCUCUCUCGACCCCCAAUGCUGCCUCUGGAUGGCGGAAACAUGUGUCCUGCAGGGGGUCCACCCAGGAUAGACAGAGGCUUCCAUGUGAGAGGGGACCAGAUGUCUGAGGAGCGAAACCUGAGCUUCCACCUACCCCCCUACCCCUCCACCUAUUCCUCUCCGUGCCCACCCAUAAACUACAAUGAGGAGUACUGCUCUAAACCUGAUGCAGCGGUGGACGAGCCCGGCGGGACCAGGCCAGCCCUAUCCGAACGUCACCCCAGUUUUGAGAACCUAGAGCUGGGCUUCACCGAGCUCCUUCCCCCUCUGUACCCCCGUGGUCCGCAGCCUCCCUCACCCUCACCUUCCCCAUGGCUGGACUCACCCUACUUGUCCUCUUCACCCUCUCCUUCCCACUCAUCCUCUCUCAGCCCUUUCCCAGCGGGAAGUCCUAUCUCAACCUCCCCUCUGCCUCCCAUCCCCAACUCCCCUUACCCACAGUACUCUGCUUAUGCUCAGGAGGUGUGUCCCUCCCCUCCUACCAACCCAAACCCCUAUCAGGAUAUCUGCCCAGCAUCCUACUCCCACUAUGAGGGCUGGGACCCCCAGGGAAGGGUGCUGGAUACAGGAAAUGGGGGAGAGAGGGAUGCCAAAAUCCAGGAGUGUCCAUUGGAGUUUACCAGCUCUGCCUCUAUGCACCACAUUACCUUUGAAGAAGUAUCAGAGUUCAUCGGGGAGGACAUCCAGUCUUACCAGCCAGGCUCACAGAUGGACAACCAGCCAAACUGAGCUGAGAGGGCCCCCGUUUGAUAUUCAGCCUCAUUUUAAAUUCCUUAUGCACUCGGUAUUAAGAUGUGUCGCUGCAGUUACAUGUAAUAUUGAAAGGGGAUUACCAGGACACUGUUGUAAU